AUUUUAUCGAAAUCUUCCGUUCUUAACCUAAUGGUGGUAAGAAUAGUGAUAAUAUUAUGAUUCUAUUAAUGAUUUAUUGUUAGCGACUAAAAAUACUAUAAGUACAUGAAUUUUCAUGAUACCGACCUGAACCGUCUCUGAGUAACAGGCCAAAACCCGUCAUUGCCCAUAGAGCCCCAUGUUAAAUUCAACUGGGUAGAACUUUUUAAUUUUUUGUCCGAUUUUGAUCAAAAUGAUCUUAAAUUGAUUGUAAUUAGACAAACAAUCAAUAAUCAUUGAUUUUAUAAGGUCACUUUUAAUAGUUUCAAACUAUUUACUAUUGAAAUUAACUAUAAAAAGGUUCAAUUUUAUGAUUUAAAAAACUUCGACAUAUAAUAAAGUUUAUCACAAGAAAAGUGUGUAAAUCGAUAAAAUAAUUUUCUAAUCAAAUGGAUGUCAAUGAUUAGAGAAAAAGUUGAUAUUCGAGUUUGAACUGUUUUCUGUUCGCUAGAUGGAACUAGCUGCUCGCAUUUUCUUUUUCUAAUUUAAACUUUGUCUCAAAUUAAUUUUCUCUCUAAUUGUCAACUAUGGUCAAUUUAUUUCUCUUUAAAUCAUUCUCUAUUAUACCUCUUUAAAUUUUAAGGUAAAUACUUUUUUCUCUCUUCAAUAUGUUUCUAGAUUUAAGAAUUGGAAUGAUUAUUAUUAUUUCAUGGAUUCCAUGGGAAAAGUCAUGCGCUUAUUUGAAAUUGGAAAAGAGAGUCGGUUUAUCGAAACUUGAAUGGACGAGAAAAGAGUUCAAAUGUAAAGAGAUGUUCCCAGUGGAUACAUGGAACAUGAAGAUUACCGAUAUUAGAACUUUUCAAUUUCAAUUUUCUCUUUUAAUUGUGAAUAUUAAUCAUCUUAAUUGUGUUUGAUUAUUUUUCUCUUUCUAUUCUUCAAGUGUAUUUAGUGAUUAACGUGCUCAUCAUAAGUGUCUCUCAACAGUUUGGUGAUAUUUUCUCUUGAGUUCCAAAGAAAAGUGUUCAUAAGAAUUAAUCUUAAUUUCUACUAAAUUUUACUACACAAAAUGAACUAUUCACACUUUCUAAUUGGACUAAUUCAUCUAAUGAUACAUUUGACUGAAGGGGAAAAAGGUGAGAAAGGCGACCAAGGUCCACAAGGACUUCCUGGCCCUCCGGGAUUAAGGGGGAAAGACGGGAGAAAAGGUUUAGAUGGGCCCCCAGGCCCACCAGGACCUCCAGGAUCAUUAUCGAGGUUUGAUGAGUGGACUUUGAGUGAUUCGAUUUAUCAAAGUGGAUCGGGAGUCGUGGGCCCUCCAGGUCCGAUGGGCCGAAGUGGUCAAAAGGGCGAAAGAGGAGAUAAAGGUGAUUCAGGGAAAAAGGGAGAUUCUGGUCAUCGGGGAGGUAAAGGAUCCAAGGGUGAUAUUGGAGAUUCGGGGCCUAAAGGACCGAUUGGCUUAGAUGGAGCAAAAGGAGAAAAGGCAAACUUUAAAGGAUAAUUAGUCCAAUUAAUUAACGACAAACUUUUAUAAUCACAGGGAGAACCAGGCGGAUGUCAACAAGCAGUUGCACUUCGACAUCCACAUAGAUUUGAAAUUGAUGAUCCUCAGGAUACUGAAGAGUAUUCAUAUUCAGUAGUUGGACCAAAAGGGGACAUUGGUCAGUUUUAACUAAGUCGGUUUUGGUUUUAGUGGUCAAUUUCAAUAAAAUUUUAACAAUUUCAUCAGGUGAACCAGGAAUUAUCGGCCCUCCAGGCCCUCGCGGAGAAAA